AUGUCCACGGCCUACAACCCCCAGCAAACCACGGACCCAGCAACCGUCAGCCAAAUCGACGCAACGGCGCGCACUGUGCACUACAAGUGCGGCGACUGCGACAUGGACGUGCCGCUGAAGCGCGGAGAGCCGAUUCGGUGCAGGAACUGUGGGCAUCGUGUGCUUUAUAAGCAGAGGACGAACCGGGUUGGCGCAGAGAUCUGGAGAGGAGAGAGGAACGAGAGGAAUCGCGCGACAAACCAGGCUCAGAAAAAGAAGAGCGCGAAGGAGGAAGGCUGGAGGCUUCAAGAAGGCGUCAAGCACGACGCAGCACAAAGACGAAAGCCAUACAGCAGAUCUUACACGAACAACCUCACUGACAUAACUUCUAGUAUGGUUCAAUUCGAGGCCCGAUGA